UCUCCUGUGAGGAGUAGAUGUCUCCCACCUGCUGCAGCUUCGGUCUGAACUGUUGCCACCGUUCUCUCCCAUUCUGCAUCUUUCCCCUGCCCAUGCUGCAGGUGACAUGUCAUGGAUUUCCUCAGUACCUCAGUUCUGUAACUCUCCCACAAUGAUUGUGAUGGUGGGGUUGCCAGCCAGAGGGAAGACAUACAUCUCUAAGAAGCUCACUCGCUACCUGAACUGGAUCGGAGUGCCCACAAAAAUGUUUAACGUGGGCCAGUACCGCAGAGAGGCUGUCAAGAUCUAUAAGAACUUUGAGUUCUUCAGACCUGACAAUGAGGAGGCCAUGAGGAUCCGCAAGGCCUGUGCAUCAGCUGCCCUCAAAGACGUCGCUGCCUACUUCUCAAAGGAACAGGGACAAGUAGCCGUAUUUGAUGCUACCAACACCACCAAGGAGAGGAGGGCAAUCAUCCUUAGUUAUGCAAAGGAGAGAGGCUACAAAGUCUUUUUUGUGGAGUCAAUCUGUGAUGACCCAGAAAUCAUUGCAGAGAAUAUCAAGCAAGUUAAAUUUGGGAGUCCAGAUUACGUGGAUCGUGACAUAGAUGAGGCCUUGGAAGACUUCAGCAAGCGCAUUGAGUGUUACAGGGCCAGUUACAUGCCUAUAGAUGACGAGAAAGACAGGAAGCUCUCCUAUAUCAAGAUCUACGACGUGGGUAGUAGAUACCUGGUGAACCAGGUCCAGGACCACAUUCAAAGCAGGAUAGUCUACUACCUCAUGAACAUCCAUGUCACACCGAGAUCCAUCUACCUGAGCCGCCACGGAGAGAGCGAACUCAACCUGUUAGGGCGCAUUGGUGGAGAUUCAGGCCUCUCUCCUAGAGGACAGAAGUAUGCCAAUGCCUUGGCGACCUUCAUCAGAGGCCAGAAUAUCAGAGACCUGAAGGUGUGGACGAGCCACAUGAAGAGGACCAUCCAGACUGCAGAAGCUCUGGGAGUCCAGUAUGAACAGUGGAAGGCCCUCAAUGAGAUAGACGCUGGUGUGUGUGAGGAGCUAACCUACGAAGAGAUCCAGGAGAAUUUCACCGAAGAGUUUGCACUAAGAGACCAGGACAAGUAUCGUUAUCGUUACCCAAAGGGUGAGUCCUAUGAGGACCUUGUCCAUCGUCUAGAGCCGGUGAUCAUGGAGCUGGAGAGGCAGGAGAACGUUCUGGUUGUCUGCCACCAAGCCGUAUUUCGCUGCCUGUUGGCCUACUUUCUAGACAAACCUGCAGAUGAGCUACCUUAUCUAAGAUGCCCCCUUCACACAGUGCUCAAACUCACACCAGUAGCUUACGGCUGUAAAGUUGAGUCAUUUUUCCUCAAUAUCGAAGCAGUCAACACACACAGAGAGAGGCCAGUGAAUGUGGACAUCAACAGAAACCCAGACGAGGCUCUGCUGACUGUUCCUGACCACGCGUAAAUGCUGUUUAGUGAAGAAAGGACUACAAUCUCGUGAAAACUCAACAUGUUGCCACAUAUUAGCUUCACUAAAUAUUAGAGAUGCACUCCAGUGAAGGAUGAUUGUUUGAAAAACAGAUGACUCUAAAGGCGGGAGGAGUGUAGAUGGUAGAAAAGGGACUGUGUAAGCUACAUGAAAACAACUCAGCACAGAAGCACAUGGACUCCUGCUGCACUGACUGAAGGAAACAUAGCUGGAGAUAAUGUUUAAAACAUGACUGUCACGUGUUCUUGUGUCUAAACUGACUAGAGUUUGAUUUUUUGAUAAUUGUCACAAUGUUUACAAAUGAUUUAGAGACAUUAAUAAUGCACCUUGUUUUGAGGCUAAGAGGUAAACAUUUAUAAAGUUGUAGUUUGGUUGUCAUUGCACAGACAAUGUUUUGCUGAUCAUUUAAUUACAAAGGUGGGGAUCAGCACCAUGGACAGCACCUAAACAAACAAGAUGUAUUGAUUUGGUCACUUGACUGUUUGUAAUGUAGAAAUGACCCCAAACUUCAUGUGGGGGGUUCAAUGAAAUAAUGUAAAUAACUAAAGUAAACAUCCAAGAUGUUGCUCCGAAAAUAAAUCCACUUUACAAGUCC